GUUGAGGAAGGACAACAGUCAUCCGUAACACAUAUCUCCUGCUGCUGCUUUGCUGCUUGGUCUGUAGCUGGCUGUGGAGCUUCUAGACUCUCUGAUCUUGGUGCACUUAGGCAGGCCUCCCCUACUACUUAAAAAUGUGGUCAAGUCAGAGGAAAUGGAGGAAGUACAAAUCCCCACUUGAAUUUCCUUUGGAGGCCAAGUACAGGCCUAUUCUUGAGAGCACUUUCCCCAUAGACCCCAUGAGCAGGUUCAACCUGAGGAGGGGUUCCCCACAGGAGGAGUUCCCCUACCUGAGGGACAACCACACUCUAAUGGCUGAAAUCCUCACCCUGCACCUGUACACACGACAGUUCAACCGUGCCACAGAAAGUGGAGUCAUCUUCGACGAUAUCAUUCGACCUGGCUUGGAAGAACCUGGUAAGCCCACAGAGCCCAAGUCAGUGGGCUGUUUGGCAGGCGAUGCCCAGUCCUACAUCCUCUUCUGUGACUUCUUUGACCGCAUCAUUGAGGCAUAUCAUGACUACAAAAUGACCAGUACGCAGGAGAGUGACUUCAACAGCGGCAACCUAAAGGGGGGCGAUGACUUGGACGCUGCCUACGCUGUGAGCUGUGAGAUCCGAGCGUCUCGUUGUGUGGAGGACUUCUGCUUCCCAAUGCACUGCAGCAGGGCAGAGCGCCGGGCACUGCUCGCACUGGCAGAGAAAGCUCUGACCAAGUUAUCUGAGGAGUUCCCAGGCAAGCUGUACUCCAUGGAGCAGCUGAGCCAAGAUGGCGACGGAAAGGGCCUGGCCAUGAUGAGCCCCUCCCCUGCCAUGUGCAAGAUUGGAGUGGCCCGCGACUGGCCCAGUGCCAGGGCUGUGUGGGUGAGUGAGGACGGACAACUGGUCAUAUGGGUCAACUUUGAGGACCAUCUCAAACUUGAGUGUGCCAGGACAGAUGCCAAUCUCCAGCUGGCAUUUGACUGCAUCUGUGCCAACCUGCUGAGGCUGGAGAAGCUGUACAAAAGCCUCCGGCGCACGUUUGUGUGGAAGGAGCACCUGGGCUGGGUGGUGAGCUCUCCUGGCGAGGUGGGCACGGCCUUAAAGGCCAGCGUCACCGUCAAGCUGCAGCACCUGCCCGGCCACAAGCGCCUGGAGAAUGUCCUGGACAGACUGCGCCUCCAAGUGACUCCUUCUGACAAACCUGGGCUGUACAUAGUGACCAACACGCCGACCAUUGGCUUCACGGAAGUGGGUGUGGUCCAGCUGGUGGCGGAUGGCGUGAAGCUGCUCAUCCGCAUGGAGAAGAGGCUGGAGAACCACGGUGGAAUAGACGACCUCGUACCUGCACACAAACUCAGUGGCUACACAGACACACAGCUACACGUUUAAAUGGACAAGAUACACUAGGAGUCCUGUGAUGACAACAAAGUUGAUGCCGGUCAUGUGAAAGUGGUCUUCAUAUGUGUUUUAAAAACAACGGGGGCCUUGUAGUGGAACAGCAAGUGGUGAAUUACAAUACGCAUACCUCAAAUUCCCAAAAUAAAUGACCUUUCUCACCA